ACGUGUGCAAAGCAAGUGCUGUCAUUUUGUUUCCCAUUUCAGGCCUACAGACUACAACACAUUUCAGACACAUAAGAAAAAGUCCUACAUCACCCGAAACUUGCACAGACAAGCAACAUUACCGUCAGGCAGAGCCUCAAGCUUGUCUUUGUGGGUCAGUGAUGCAACGAGAGUGACGCAGCAGUGGCUGCAGCUCUCAGAAGACUGCUAGCUAUACAUGGCAAUGAAAGAAUCAUGGAUCCAGGGCCAACAGCGUGUUCCACAGAAAGCUACUCGACAACACUGAAGAAACACAAUGGUAAACACUUGAUCCAGAGCAAAGGCAGAACAAGACCCCAACAAGAAUUUCCAAGGCUGCACAUUCAAGAAUCUCUGCACCUUCAGAUGGCUGCGAAUUGUUGCUUCAGUUAGAACCUGAUGGAUAGUUUUCACCCUCACACCGUGCUCAGCAAGCUUAAUGAGCAGCGCUCACUCGGCCUUUUCUGUGAUGUGACUAUUGUAGUGGAGGAUGUGAAGUUUCGUGCCCACAAGAACAUCCUGGCAGCUUGCAGUGGCUACUUCAAGAAUGCUCUGUCAAAUGAGACAUGGAGUUCUAGCCGUGUGCUGGAACUGAUGGACCUGAAGUCUGAAGUUUUUGCCUGCGUCCUCAAUUUUAUCUACUCCGCAAAGGUGACAUCGCCUUGUGUUGAGGACAAGAAGGAGCUAAUAGCAGCAGGGAAAAGACUUGGUAUUCCCUUUUUAGAGAAGCUUGCAGGGCAAGAGAAAAAGGACAAGAAUCAAUACCAACUGGACUGCGUUAAAUCCACAGACUGGAGCAGUAAAAAAACAAAGGAGGAGGUCACCAGACCUGAGGAGAUUGAUGGUUCAAGAGGACCACGAAUCACCAAUGCCUUCUCUAUCACUGAGGUGUGUCCUGGGAACAAUCCAUUCACCCCACUAGGAGACGAUGGUGAAGCGAUACCAUUAUGCCAGAUAACGGUAAAAAUAGGGGAUGAAGCCAUCAUCCGCCGCAGAAUCAAAGGGUCCAAGCUCUUCCCAAGAAGGAAAAAGAGAGAAACGAGAAAACUGGGGGAGAUGGAGAGCCAAAGUCAACUCCACCCAGACGGCAAGUUGGAGAGCCCCAGACUCCGCUUCAGACCAGAUAUUUCAGGUUUAAUAUCCGAGACCCAUGAGGAUCCCAAUGAUUGUGACGUGGCUGAUGAGCUUUGGCGUCCCUACUAUUCUUACAAAGCUAAAAAGAAGAAAAAGAAGCGGAGAUUCAAGCACAGGCAAGCUUUGUUUCAUGAUUACAAUGAGACAGGUCCCCCGGGGGAGACACCCAGUGGCAAUGAUUACGUUUGCAACAGUUGUAUGGAAAAUGGCUCCUGCUUUGAUAAUUCAACCUGGAGCAGCAACCCGGAGAAGAAGUUCCGCUGUUCCUUCUGUCCCCAGCGCUUUCUCUACCUUGCCACCAAGAGAAGCCAUGAGAAAAAACACCAGGAGACAGCUGGAGAGAGCUACACCAGCCAACCAUGUUUGGAAUACUUUGAUAACUUGAGUACGGACAACAAAAAAGACUGCAUCAAAACAGAGGAGGAUGACAAUCAAAUUUCUGACAUGCAAUGUGAGGAAGAAGGACAUUUUCCCAUGAAGAAGCCUAAAACUGAGGAUGCAACAGAGUUAAUGACUUUGACCCCACAACAGGACAUUACAUACACGCACAUUAAAAGUUCCUUAUCGCACCAGACUGAGACGCUGUUCACUUUGGCGUCGCCCUCAAAAACACAUCAAAUGAAACAUAAAGUGAAAAAAAUAAUCAAUCCACCAGAUUCUUUAGAUCAAGUUUUCAAACCUCAAGCUCAAAAGAGAGAUGCCAGUAGACACAAGGACAGUUUGGAAGUAAACAGCGUAAUUGAUGGCCAGAAAUCCUGCAAACCAUCAACGAAGAAUGCAUCGGACUUGAAAGACAACCCCGUCUCUCUUCACAAACCAGAGAAAAGGAUGUGUAAAGACGAAACGUUUUUCUAA